AUGCCGCUUGAUGAGGGCCCUGUGGGAAGGACCCUUCACUACUCCUCAACGAUCCCGGCGAGCGGGGAGCCGUCCGUACGCGCUGAGGACAUUCAACAAGUGCUGCGGGAUGAGGUGGCUCUGUUGCCCGGAUGCCGCGAUCGACAGGGCCAUCCACUGAUUGUCUUCCCAUCGCGGGACGUCACCGUGAACCCCGACCAUGUCCGAAGUGUUCUUCUCUAUCUGUGCGAAGUCUGCGCGGAAGAGGCGAAGGGUCGUGGCUUCAUCAUCGUUAUCGACAUGAGGGGCAAGCAGACGUGGACCAACGUGAAGCCGAUGCUCAAGGCGAUUAAUUCGCUGAUCGACGAGGGCGGGGCGCUGGCCGGCGUGUUCCUCAUCAACCCCGACAAGCUGGGCGAGAAGCUCAAGACCCAGAUUUCGGCCGGCUUCUGCAAGUUUGAGGUGCAAAAAGUGGGCGUCGACACGCUGCCCAAAUACUUUGAGGGCACCCAGUUGAUACGGGAAUUUGGCGGUUCAUUUCCCUAUGACCAUGCCGAGUGGUUGGAUACGAGAUUGGAAUUGGAACGGUGGAUAGCCAACAUUAUCGAUGAGAUGCGGAAGCUGGAAGCCCAAAGAAAGCAAAUCACCGACGCUGAGUCCCCAGUCGAUGUUCCGACCGCACAAGCCGCCAUCGAGCGUCACGGUGCCAUCAAGAAGGGAAUUCUCGCCGUCCCCAUCGAGGCCAUACAACAAAAGGCGCAACGAGUACAAGACCGUAUUCUUCGCCCCGGCCGGCCAGCCAAUCCCGACCUCGAGGCCGCGCUGCCGAACCUCACCAACCUCGUCCACUCGCUGCAACAGCUCAAGGCUGACGUCUACAAGAUGUGGGAAAAUCGACGAAUCGAGCUGGAGACGCUCGUCCAGUUGAAGCUGUUCGAACGGGAUGCCGAUCAGAUUCUGAGCUGGAUACGUGAGGAGAGCCAGGCAUUGAUGAGGAAGAUGGGAGAUGUCGGCACGAAUGAGAGCGAGGCGAGGGAGAGAUGGAAACGCUUUGAGGAACAUGCCAAAAGCAUCGAAACCCGUGACGAUGUCCGUAAGAAUAUCGGUGCCCUGGCGGCCCGCGUCUGCUCAACCAUCGUCCCCACCAUGAAAAACAGGGUCGAGGCAACGGCGCAAAAGAUUGCCGACGAGUGGAAGCUCCUCCUCCAACUUCAUGCAAAUCGAAAGAUCCUUAUCCAAUUCUCCAUCGACUUCUACCAGGCCACCCAGGCGUACCUUCUCGAAUUGCCGAAUUGGCUGGGCAACCCGGGUGUCGAUCCGGUCACCAUCGACGCCCGGUCCAGUGAACGGCUCGAUGAGGCUAUUGAGGUGCAUCGACGGUUCUGGGGACGUGUGGAAGAGAUCUACGUCGUCGCCGUCAACCAGGCGUCGAUGCUGACGCAGGCGCAAAAAAGUGCCCAGCUCCCGGACCGAGAACUGGCCGCCGGCAUCCCGAAGACGCAGAUGACCACGGUGCAGAGGGAGCAUAAGAAGCUGCACGAGGUGUGGAAGGAUCGUGAGAUCCGACUGACCGCCAUGCUUGCCGUCCUCGUCUUUCAGGCCGACUACCAGUCGAUCGUCCGCUGGCUCGAGCAGUACGGCGAGCCCUUCCUUGCCCGUAAUGUCUCAAUCGGGGAUAGCCGCGACGCAGCCGUGGUGCUCUACGACCACUUCAAGCAGUUCCAGGCAGCCGCCCAGAACCAGUACGCCAACGCCGAGAAGCUGGCGGCAACGAGCGAGGAAAUUGUGCAUCGGAUAGGAGGGAGCGAUGCGCAGCAAACGCACACCCUCGCCUCCGAAUUGGCCCGGAAAAUCGAUCGAUUUAAGGGACGGGCUCAGGAACGAUCGAAAUUGUUGAUGAACUCGGUGCUGUUCCACACCCACUACGAGGAGCUGACCAGCUGGUACAGCGAGGUGAACCUGAAAUUCCAAGGCCUGCGCUUCGACGCCGACGUCGAGGAGUGCGAGCGGCAGAAGCAGCAGUGCGUCAAGGAGAAUGAGAGUACCACCGAGGCCUACUCGACGAUCAUCUCCGAAGGCGAAAACCUCAUCGCCAUCCUGCAGCGUCACGGCGACCGGAAUGAUGCAAAUUAUGCGGUUUCGAUCAAUGCCGUCAACCGGCUCAUGGGCGAUAUUGUCCGGCUCAACCAGCUCUACACGGAACAGUGGCAACACCGGCGCACCUUCUUCCAGGCUAACCUCAAAUAUGCUAACUUCCUGAGUGACGCCACCGAGAUCCUGCAUCAAAUCCAGAACUGGGAAGAGGACAUGCAAAAGAUGGUCGACACGCCCACGUUUAUCCAGAACGCCGAAAAGGUCGAACCCUUCCACCAUAUCUUCCAAGAAGCGGCACGUCGUCUCGAGCCCGCCCCACUCCCAAUCGACUACAACGAGACGCAGAACAUGGCGCAGCAAAACGACCAGAAGCGCCAGUGCACCGAGGCCGAGACGAACAUGCUGGCCGAGCAGUUUGGCGCCCUAUACGAAGGACUACUCCGCACACCCCUCCUCGAGCGGAAUAUGGUCGUUGGCCUGAACGAGGCGGUCCUCGCCAGUUCGCGCAACUACGGCGCGGCUGUGGAGGAGCGCAGCAAGCUGCUCAAGUCGGCCGCUCAGUACUUCCGCGCCUUUCAACACGGCAUCUGGCCGACGCUGGAGGAGCUGAGACAGGACUAUACCAAGGCAGAGCAUCAGGAUCUUUGCCUCGAAUUCGCGCGCGAGGCACCGCCCAUUCGUGCCGAGCGCAUGGCCGCACUUAUGACGAAGCACGUCGCGCAUAAGGACAAGUUCUUGAAGGGCUGCACGUAUGCGCACAAGACCGCCGAUGUCCUCCUGAAGUACAUUGACCGCAUGCCCGCGCACCGCAUCUCCAACGCGGUCGCGAGGCUUCGGCAACAGGAGGCCGAGGUGCGGCGUGACAAGGAGGAGCUGCAGGUGCGCCAGAGUUUGCUGCUGGAGCUGUGGGCCCGGAAGAAGAAGCAGCUCGACAGAUGCCAGCGCUACGUCCUCAUCGACGCCCACCGCGCCGAGCUGGUCGACUGGUUCAACGGCGAGGCCGAGGCGACGCUGAGCAGAUUCACCCGUCACGCCCAGGCUCAGCUGUCCGAGCCGGAACGGGCCCAGAUCUACAACGAGUUCCGGGGGUGGAAGAUGGACGUGAAGACGAAGCGGACCGAGAUCCAGACGAUGAUCAGACUCGGUGAUGAGGUGAUUGCUGGCGAUGAGCACUAUCCGCUUCACGUCGACGACGUCAGGAGGUGUCAACAGGAACUGCGACAACGUUUUGAUGAAUUCUCGAGGCGCGUCACCAGCUGCGAGGCGUCGUUGAUCGGCAACGGCAAGAUGGGCCCGAAGGACGAGCUGUCGCUUGAUCGACUGUCCGACUCGAACGUCGAGAACAAACUGCCUCCCCGAGCCGUUGAUGAUAAGAUCAGGGAGCCGAUGCGCGAGUUGAUCCAGACGGAGCGCGACUACGUGGAGGCGUUGCAGCGAUGUUGCCAGGUGUACAUCGCCGAGUACGACAGUGCUUCUGCGUCGCUGACCUUGCCCGAGGCUUUGAAGGAUCAGCGCCACAACAUUUUCGCCAACAUCGAGAUGAUCAGCGCCUUCCAUGCCGAAAAGUUCCUGCAAGACAUCGUCAAGUACGAGGAUGACCCCGAGCAGGUCGGCUCGUGCUUCAUCGUCUACGUGAACACGAUUGCCGAGUACUACACGGAGUACUGCCUCAACAAGCACCUCCACAAUCACCUGCUCGACCUGCCCGAGGUCAAGCAAUUCUUCAAGACAGCACAAGACCGUUACCGUCUGGAUAUCAAGGAUGAUCUUGGCUCGCUUCUGAUAAAACCAGUGCAAAGGAUCACACGCUACCACUUAGUGUUGGAUCAGUUGAUCAAGCACUACAAAGGAGUGCUGAAGAUUUUAAGGAGGCAGAUGAGAUUGUCCUGCUUGGAGAAGAAGGAAAUCCUGGACCACGUGGGACCGUUCGUCAUGCAGGACGCGCUGACCGUCUGGGAGUCGGGCACGAAAUACUUCAAGGGGAAGGGCAAGGAGCGCCAGGUGUUCCUCUUCGAGCUUGCCUUCAUUUUCGCGAAGAAAAUCGAAAAAGCGGAGUCUCGCGAUGGGAAGCUGCGCUUUUUCAUCAAAGGAAAGCCGAUCCCGCUGAACGAAGUGACGGUAGUAGAGCAUGUAGACGUCGACCCGAAUCGCUUUGCCCUGCGUAUCGGCUCCGCUCACAGUAACGACAACCGCAUCGACUUCAGGGCCGCUAAUGCAGACAUAAAGAACACCUGGGUGAGAAGAAUUCGAGAGCUCCGGCAAGGUCUUUACAAUCCAUUGUUCGCCGGCGACGGUUUCUCGACACCACGCAGCACUAUGAGCGUCUCAUCGAGAGCCUCAGGUGAAUACCGUAACAGUCGUGACGCCGAAAGCCUCGGUUCGGCUGGGGAUCCAUCUCUCGAGCCAACAACAAGUGAACAGGAUUCCGAGAGUGUCGGCUCUGGAGAGAAGCGGUUCAGCGUGCAGAGCACCAGCAGCAUCGAGGAAAAGAACGCUGAAGACGCCCGGCAUUCACGGAUUCAACUCCGGCAGCUAGCCACAAUCGCGACGACCGAGACUCGCCAAGAAAUGCCGAAACUCAACGGUCUCCGGAUAACCGACGCUUCCAAUGGUCGCCCCGGCGGAAAAUCC